CCGGGUCAUCCAACAAAGAAUACUGCCCUUCUUCGUAUCCCCGUCCAUCCCCUUCACGUCACACAAGACACCUCUCCAACUACGGUACGCAACCAAACAAGCAAGCAAAGUUACCGCAGAGAACAACACCUUACCAGCACUACCACCAGCACCAGCACCAGCAGCCUUCGAUUUCUCACCAGCUCCACACAAAACAUGCAACGCCACACGCCGGUAUCACCACCAAUCCACCAUCCCGUACCGCAACGACCUGUGCAAGUGCCCGUCAUGCAAUCCCCCCCUCCACCUCCACACUCGUCGGAUCCAUACGACAACCCCUACGGCGGCGGCGGAGCUCAGCAAUACCCCCAGCAGGGGAAUGCUUACCCGCAGUUUGGCGGGUUCGGCGGCGCGGCUGCGCCCGCUUUCUUCGCAGACCCUAUGACUGCACAGAUGGGCUUCAAUGUGGCCCGCGCGGCCAUGUCGGGCGGCACGGAUUUGGCGGAGAAGAACAUAUCCCGCUACCUCUCCUCGCUAAAACCGUACUUCGCCGUCACCAACAUCUACGUGAUCCGCAAGCUGCACAUCCUGGUGAACCCAUGGCGACACGGGAUGUGGUCACGGCAGUCCACCGCGCGCGCGUCGGCGCAGCGGCCGGGUGAGGCGGAGUCGAUCUACCUCCCGCCGCGCGAGGACCUCAACGCGCCGGACAUGUACAUCCCUUUGAUGUCGUUCGUGACGUACAUCCUGCUAUCGGCGCUGCUGUACGGGCUGUCGGGGACGUUCCACCCAGAGCUGCUGGGGUACACUGCGAGUACCGCGCUGGGCGCGGUGAUCUUCGAGCUCGUCGGACUGAAGCUCGGGUGCUACCUCCUCAAUAUCAGUAACUCCCAGAUGCUCGAUCUCGUCGCAUACAGUGGAUAUAAGUUCGUCGGCAUCAUCAUCUCGAUCCUCGCCACGAGCUUGUUAGGCCGUGGCUGGCUCUCCUGGAUCGUCUUUGCCUACUGCUACUCGGCGCAGGCGUUUUUCUUGCUCCGGAGCUUGAAAUACGUGCUUCUCCCAGACGCGGACGGGCACGCCGACGCAACUAACGUGUACUCGACGAACGCGCCGCGGAUGCAGCGGAAACGGCGCAUGUGGUUCCUGUUCGGCUACUCGUACCUAGUGCAGUUCCUGUUCAUGCUCACGUUGACCUCCGGAGUGGGGAAGGCGAAGGUCAAGGUUUGAUGCGUGAAUUUUCGAGGGAUUGCGGGCGUGGAUUGGUUGUUUAAGCUGCGAGGGAGGGGUGCAUUGGAGGUGAUUUACUAUGUAUAUGCAUACGCUUUGUCGUCUCACUUGUAGGGUGGGGGGACACGCAAUAAUAAACUGCCCGUUUCUGCUA